AUGCAGCAGAAUGAAUCCUUCAACAGCCGCAUCCUGCAGUACAGCAGCAGCAGCAGUAACACAACGGGGUCGUUCGUCAGUUGCAACGGGUCCCAAGUGCAGCAACCCGUCGUGGAUUUAUGUUUUUCUCGCUGCAACAAGAUGGGCAGCAUCAGCAGCAGCAUUGUCAGCAUGCGAAUGGACCUGCUCGCAGAAGACUCUCCCAACGCACUCAGAGUCAAACGUGGGGUGGCACUGGAACAAGAGUUGAGCGUCCGCAGCUGUCGGCACCGCGGGCAUACGGGUAGAUUUCCAGACUUGGAUGCCCGGCGCAGCUGCAGUUCGCGCAGCACUCUGGCCUUCGGCGGGAAGGGGAAAGCCCCUUUAGCAACGGCGGCAGUAGAAGCAGCAGCAGGAGAAGCAGGGGGCCAUGUCCAAGCCCCCAAGUCAGAAGGAGGGCCCCCUGAGGGCUCUUCCUUUACAGAGACUGUGCACCAGCUGCUAGAGAACCUGCAGGAUCUCUCCGAUCCUUUGCGUCUGCAGCAGCAGUUGCAGCAGCAACGGCAGCAGGCAAGCUCUGGCGGCAGGCCUAAGAGCUGGUUAGAGGUUGCAGCAGCAGCAGACAGCAAUAGGAGGCGCGCGAAGGCGAAGCACAUUCUUCCAAGCACCAGCGGUAGUAGCAGCAGCGGCUGCUGCUGGAACAGCAGAGACACUCAAACAGGAAAUGACCACCGUAAGAAACAGCGGGAGUUGCAGCUGCUUUUGCAGCUGCUGCCCGCUGAAGGACAGCAACUGUUGCUAGACGUCCUUGCUGCAGAGCAGCAGCAGCAAAACUACCUGCUGCUGCUGUUGCGCCAGGCGAUGGAAGAAGAACGCAGAACAGCAGCAGGAGCUGCAGCGAGGAAGGAAUUCAUCGUAGCUGCUGCAGCAGUCGAUCAUCUGCUGCAAACGGGACAGGCGCCGCCUCCCCCAACCGCAGAAGCAGCAGCAGCAACAACAACAAUACCUGGAACAAAACCAGCAGCAUUAACCGAAGGGUCACAUACAAGGGAGGGGAGGACAGUCAAGAAGGCGUUGCCCCCUCCACCUGCUGCGUCGUCAGCAUCAGCAGCAACGGGAGCAACAGGUGCUGCCGGCAAUGGAGCUGCUGCUGCCCCCAGCACCUGUGGAGGGCAGGUGCUGGCAGGUCGAGACCCUGCGGGAGUCUUCGAAGAUGUCCGUAGCAGCCAUAUGAAACGGGAGGGACCAUAUGAGGUGCAGAACAGCAGCAACAGCAGCAGCAGCAGAAGCAGUCCUACAAGGACAGGCUGGCGAAUGGAGCAGAGGGCGCAGCAGCAGCGCAUGCGCAGUGCAGCAGAAGCCACGCGUGCCCAGGCCCUGCAGCAGCAGUUUGUGCUUCAGGAAGAGUUGCUAAUGCGGAAGCAGCUCGAGACCCGUCUCCACGCCCUCCUGACGCAGAGGCCUCCUAAUCACCAACAGCAGCAGCACUUUCAGAGCACUGCUGACUUUAGAUGUUCCUCACUGGAUGAAGCAGAGGCCUCUGCAGUUGCAUAUGGGCCUCCGCACCUGCCCCGUUUGGCCUGUACCAUCGCUCAGCAGCGCCUCCGCAGCAGUAGCGGCAGCGCAGCAAGCAAGCAACAGCUGCAGAAAGCCGAGAGUGCACAGUCAGAGGAUUCUGUAGUUGUGGAGGCCUUGAAGGAGGCCGAAGAGUUGCUCCUGCGGGAGCAGCAGCAAACUGCUGCUUUCAGACACGCUGUGGAAUCCCCUAUAGGGUACAUGAAUACACCAGCUGCUGCUGCUGCUGCUGCAGCAGCAGCAGCAGCAACAGCAACGCCUCUAGCUCCAGCUCCCUGGUGCUCACAUGCAGCAACUGACAAACCACAGCAGCUGCUGGACACAGACUUAGGAGCACACUGCAGCAGCGCCCAAAUGCAGCACCAGCACAACUUGAAAUGGCCGCAGCAGCAAGCUGCUGGACAUCAUCACCAAGGAAUCCUCCCGUCUCAACUGCAAGCAAUGCAGCAAUCGCUACCAGAGCAGCAGCAAAUGCUGCAACAAGGGCAGCAACAACCUAUGCAGAAAGAUUUGUUCCUGCUGCUGCAACAAAUGCUGCAGCAGCAGCAAACCACCGAGCAGCAGACGCUUCUACAGACGAGCCAGCUAUGCUCCUCCCAGCAGCAGCAGCAGCAGCAACACCUAGACAAGGACCAGCAAACUGACAAGCUUGAGGGCCUUUCUCGGCUGUCGUCUCUGCUCGAGUGCAGCAAACAGCAACGACGCCUCCGCGAUGCCGCUAGAGCAGCAGAAACCCUAUCCUGUUCACACGGUAGCCUAGGUGUAGAGCAGCAGCCUCAGCAGCCGCAGCCGCAGCAGCAACCGCAGCAGCAGCAGUCGGAGCAUCAGCAGCAGCAGCAACAACAACAGCAGGAGCAGGGCAUUGACGACGGGCCUGCUGCCCAAAAGGAAGCACAACCUCUGGGACCGAUACAAAUGGUGGACAGACAGCAACAACAAACACUUCGGCUCUUAAGGACAACUCAGCAGCAGCAGGUACAGCAGCAGCAGGUGCAGCCGCAGAAGGUGCAGGAGCUGCAGCAGGUGGAAGAGCAGCGGCAGGUGCUGCAACAACAGCACAUGUUGCAGCAGCAGUACGUGCUACAGCAGCAGCAAGUGAUGCAGCAGCAGCACAUGAUACAGCAGCAGCACGUGCUACAGCAGCAGCAAGCGAUGCAGCAGCAGCACGUGCUCCAGCAGCAGCACGUGAUACAGCACCAGCACGUGUUACAGCAACAGGUACAGGAGAAGGAGCAGUUGCUGCUGCAGCAGCAGGUGCAGCAGCAGCAGGUGCAGCAGCAGGGACAGCAACAGCAGCAACAGGUUCAGCAAAAGCAACGGGUGCAGCAGCAGGUAGAGAAUACGCAGGAGAAGCAGCAAGAGCAGCAGCUCCAGCAUCUGCAACAGCGGCUGAUGCUCCAGCAGCAGCAAGAGCAGCAGCAGCAGGAGCAACAGCAGCUCCAGCAGCAGAAUCAGCAGCUGAAGCAGGUACAACAGAGGCACCAGCAACAGCAGCAGGAACAGGAAGAGCAGCAGCAACAAAAGCAACUGCGGCAACAGCAGGUGCCGCAGCAGCUGGAGCAGGUGCACCAGUGGCAGCUUCAGGAUCAGCAGGAUCAGCAAGAGCAGCAAGAGGUGCAGUUGCAUCAGCAGGAACAGCAGCCACAGCAACAGAUGCUGCUGCCCCAUCUGAGGAGGCAGCAGCCGCAACGCAGUCCCUCCGCACGGCAGACGAAGCGCAAACGCUUAACCGAGCAGCCCCCGCAGCAUCUGCUGCAACAGCAGCACUGCAAUAGCCGCAGCAACAGCAGGGCUCGAAGCGUUGUGCACAGACAGGAGAAGAAACAAACAGCAGCAUCACAUGCAGCAACAAACUGUGGGGAGACCCCCAAUAGCUGCAGCAAGCAGCAAAUGCCCUCCCCUCCAGGUCCCCCAGGCCAACGCACACGAGAAGCCCGCCCUCUUAAGAAUGACAGCUCUCAGGAGCAGCAGCAACAGCACCAGCAGCAGGAGAGGGAGCAGCAUCUCCUGCUCCUGAAACAGGGACACCAACAGCAGCCGAACCAGCAGCCCAAGCAACAGCCGAAGCAGCAGCAGCAGAAUAAGUUUUUGCAGGAUAUUUCUCCCCCUCUCUCUCCUCUGUCGCCCAAGGGGGCGUCACACAGCAUAUGGCUGAUUCGUGGGCGGCAGAGCCCUCCUCACUGUGGGCAGCCCUUAACACAGAAUACCUUUAAACCUAAAGUUCGCUCUCUUACUGCCAUCGUGCCCUACGAAGGUAGCCUCCAGCAGCAGCAGGAGCAGGCGCGCCACAAGCAGCAGCUAUUACAGGUGCAGCAGCAGGUACUACAACUCGAAGAAAACAUGCAGAUGGUAGGCCAAGUUCCCCCAACCGCCUCUCCAAGCAAAAAUACCAGCAACAGCAGCAAACACAGCAGCACCAGCAAGGCCCAGGGGCAGCAGCAGCAGCAGCAGCAGGAGCAGCCGCAGAUCAGUGGGGCUUCUGCUGUGGUGUAUAGGGGCUUCUUCACUGCGAGCAAACCGCGGUGGAGGGGCGGGGAACAACAGCAACUGCCAAAGGUUGACACAGGGAGCCCACAGUCAAUACAUAACCCAGCUGCGGCAGGAACCCCUCUAAGAGUAGGUGCAUCAGCAGCAGUUGCUUGUCCUGCAGCAGAAGGUACUGCCGAAGUUGCAACGACUGUUCCUGGGAAGAGUGCACAACAACGCAAACCUGCAGGACAACCAUCGCGAGCAGCAAUAGCAGCAGCAGAUGUUGCAGCAAAAGUGGUUCCACUCGGCAGAACAGAAAGCAGUUCAAGUAGAGCAGCUCAGCGCAGCUACAGCAGCUGCCCCUACGUGGCAAAUGCUCGCAGCGCUUCGGGGGCGCCGUCCUGUAGAAGCCGCGCCCACACCGCUCUAUCUGCAGCUGCAGCAGAAGCACGAGCAGCAAGCGGAGCAAGCGGUGCUGGAGCAGACGUCGAAGCCAGAAGCAACAGCCGCAACAUCAGCAAGAACUGCAGCAGUAGUAAUAGCAGCAGCAAGAACAGAAGCAUAAUAACAAAAAAGACUGAAACUCCCAGGCCCCAGUCCCGACCGGAUACUGCGCCUGCCCUCCGAACCCAAGAAGCUCUGCGCAGCAGAACUAACACGGCAGUCCUUGCUGCUGAGCUUGGCAAGAGCAGGAGUAGCAGCAGCAGCAACAGCAGGCAGCAAAGGCUGUUUACAGAGCAGGUGAUACGCUUCCCUAGAGGGAUUCCGUUGGAAGAACCAUCUACUGGAGUAAGCAGCAACGGCAAGGCUGUCCGCAUCGUCGCCCGAAGCAACAGUAGCAGUAGCAGCAGCAGCAACAGCAGCAGCAAUAUUGUGAGGAACAGGAAGCCGACUGCUUAUCCGCUAGCGAAAGCGACGUCUUCUUCCUGUGCAAGUUCUCCUAAAAGCCAAAACGACAGGCUGAAAGGCCGCAGCCGCACCGUCGUGGCUGCUGCUGGUUCUCGCAGCCAGAGCUGCAGCAACAGCAGCAGCAGCCGCAGCAGCAGCAGAUGGGACCUACACAUGGCUGCCAACGACAACAUCUCGUCACCAGCUAGAAGGGCCACAAGCUCUACUGCUAGAUGUACAUUUAAUAGCAGAAGCAGACAAGGCAACCGGGCUGGUGCAGAUGGCCCUCUGUGCACGAAGGCACAAACUGAAACACCAGCAGAAAAAGUUGCAGAACUAGGGGGAGCAGCAGCAGAAACAUUGCCAGCACCAGAAGCAGCAGGAACGGAAGACAGUGAAGAAGUAGUACGGCUGGCAGACACAACGGCAGAAACAGCAGCGGCUGCAAGCGCGAUUGGCACACAAGGCAAAGUUAACUCUUUAGCAGCAACAGAAGGUGAACCAGACACAACGGUGGCAGCAGCGGCAGCAGCGCCUGCCGCAUCGACAGCAGACUCUGCAGCAGCCGCAGAAGGGGACAGUUUGAGGCUGCGGUCAAAGACCUGGCUUCUACUGCCUUCUAAAGAGGAUAAGGACGCUCAACGAUUCCAAAAAUUGCAUUCUGUGGCUGUACCCGCCGCUGCACCGCUGCAGGAAGUGCAGCGAAUGCAACAGCGGCAGCAGCAGCAAUUGCAACAGCAACAACUGUUGCAGCAACAGCUGCAGCAGCAACAGCUGCAGUUCCAGCAACAGGUGCAGCAACAGGUGCAGCAACAGGUGCAGCAACAGCUGCAGCAGCAGCGGCUGCAGGAAAGCGGCCAGCAUCACCAGCCCGUGCUGGAGCAACGCCAACACGACCAACAGCAUCUGUUGCUGCAGCAGCUGCAGCAUCAGCAGCAGCAGCUUCAGCAACAACAGCAGCGGCUGCAGCUGCUACAGCGGCUGCAGGAGCAGCAGCAGGAGCAACUUAUGCAGCUGCAGCAGCAGCAGCAGCAGCAGCAAAGCCAAUACACGAGACACACGAGCUGGCUCACAGGAUACGGCAUCGAAGCAGAAAUCAGUGGAAGAGGAAUUCCCUUCGGGAAGCCUGCGUCUUCCACUCUGAGUUUCAAGCAUAGCAGCAGCAGGAGACCUACCAACAGACAACCAGGGGAUAGCGGCAGCAGCCGCCGCAGCAGUGGCAGCAGCCGCAGCAGCACGAGUUUGCUGCUGAGACGCUGCAGCAAUCCCAUGCACUGGGGGGCUGUUGAUAGCCCAGAGGAGCAUGAACACAUCCAGCAGCAGCAGCAGAAGCAGCUGCCGCAAGCGCAGCAACUUCACGAACCUGCCUAUCCACUGCUGCACAGAGCCCCUGAGGAGAAACGCAAUCUCUCUUACAACAAUAGAGACGGCAUGGACCAACACAAAGGCAGCAGCAACAACUACAGCAGCAAGAACAACGACAGCAAGAACAACACGAACAACAACAAGAGCAACUACAACAACAGCAGCAACAACGACAAGAACAACAACAGCAGUAUCAGCAACACCAAAAACACAAGCAGCAACAACGACAGUCACGAGGACAGCAACGGCUCCCUUAGGAGCCUCAGCAUCACCAGUCUUCCAAUGAGGAGUUUCUCAGGCCUCCCGGGUGUACCCCCACCAGAUCCUGAGAUAGCAGCAGCAGCAGCAGUAGUAACAGCAUUUGUGCCAGAUGAACCAGCAGCAGGAGCUGCAGUUGCUGCCGCAGCUGCAGGAGAAGCAGCGGAAGGCAGUGCGUGUGCAGCAGCAGCGGCAGCUCAUACUCCCCAGACGACAGUAGCGGAUCCUGGGGCGGCAGGCCAGAUAUUAGCAGCAGCUGAACCAGAGGCAGUAGCAACAACAGCAUCAGCAGAGCCUGCAGCAGGCGGACCCUCAACAGCAGCAGAAACUGUAGCGGUAGCAUCAGUUUCUGAGUCUGUUGAGUUGAGAGCGUACCACCUCCCCUCCUGCAGCAUUAUCGGUUCUGCUACUGCAGCUCAUCAUGACCACCAGCGGCAGCAUCAACCACAACAACAGCAGCAGCAGAGGACAGGACUGGAGUUCGACCCUCUACCGAGUGAGGGUAGUGGCCCCUUUAACGACCAAGGGAAGGCCUCGUGGUCGUCCAAACUGCUAUCCCUUCCCCGCGCUUUGCUGCCGCUGCUGCAGUCAGCCGGAACCGGCAGCAACAGUAGCAGCGGCGGCAGCAACAGCAGCGGCAACAGCCCCCACCGCAGCAGCAACAACGCUGGGGAGGGGGCAACUGCUGCUGAGGAUCGUCCUCGUGGCAGCAGGCAGCAAAAAGAGGAAGAAAGGGGCCCCACUGCUGCACAGCAGCAACAUCAGCAACAGCCUCAACAGGAACAGCAGCAGCAGCGGAAACAACAGCAACACGAUCACGACUACGUGGGAGUGCCGUCUCCCCUGCUUGCGACGGACCCCUCGGCGGCGUUGGUGCUUGCACCUCGGGACACACCAGCAGCAGCAGCGGCAGCUGCAGCAGCCCUAGCUGCAAGUGCCAGCGGUGCAGCAACGACUGCAGCAUCAGCAGCUGCGGCAGCGACGGGUGCUGCUAGCGCUGCCACCGUAGCAGCAGCAGCAGCAGCCGCGGCAGCUGCUGCUGUCCCUGGUGCUGACGACCCCUUCGAGCGCUGCCUCAGCCAAGGGGAAGUGCCACAAAAUAACGGACUCUAUGAAUACUUUCCACUCCCACUUUCAGGUGUAUCUACAGAUGGACCGUUACUGUCUUGGCUGGGAUCCAGCAGUACCCAAGGCAGGCCGCUGGUGCAACAACUCAGCGACGGAGAGGUUGUCGGUCCAUCACUCUCAGAGCAGCAAACUGUUGUGCUGCGCACUCCACUGCAGCAGCAACAGAUCCAGAAACAACAGCUGCAGCAACAACACAUACUGCAGCAGCAACAGAUGCUGCAGCAACAGCAUUUGAGCUACUCUUCUGCGACAACAAGCCGUUUGCCUGUUUCCGGGCGGUUAACCCUUCGGGCUGCUACUGCAACCCCACAAGGUGCUGCUGCUGCCGUCGUGGACUGCAGCAGCAGCUCUAGCCCUUCUCUCGAGACUAACCGCUGCAGUCCCCAGAUAUUCGGCUCGCCGCAGCAGAAGCAGCAACAGCAGCAACAACAGCAGCAAGGUAUCAGCCUUAUGUUUAUAGAGGAGGGCCAUGUGGCAACGGAGAAGCCGUCAACGCCUUCCGAGGCAGCAAGCAGCGACCUCUCCAGCGCUCUACAGAGGUUCAGCUACACACAGCAGCAGCAGCAGAAACAACAAAAACAGCAACAACCCUUGCAGCUGCCUCCUGCACAGUCGCCCCUGCCGCCACCAUCCCAAGUCCAGCAGCAGCCACAGCAGCAGGUAACGACGCAGGAAAUCAGCAGCGCGUAUCAGGACCGUCGGAGAGAGCAGCAGCAGCGGCAACAGCAGCACCAGACUCUACGCAACGAGCAGGACAAGGCUCGAGCCGACGAUCAGCAGCCGCAUAUGUUGCAGAAGCUAGAGCCUCUGCAACUGCAGCAGCAUUGCCUAGAGAUGCAACCGCAACUGAGGAUGACAGUGGAAGACAACACCGAUCAGCAGCAGCAGCAGCAGAAUCAUUGUAUGCUGCAGCAGGUAUUGCAUGAUGCAUUGCCACACAAGUCGCUGUUUCCCGGGCAGCAGCAAGCUGCGCCCAAACAGGAAACACUGCAGCAGGAGCAGCACGACCAGCUCAACCUGUACCAGCAACAGCUACCGGUAAACGAGUUCUGCAAGGGGGGACCCCAGCACGCUGUAGCCCAGACACCACCCCAGCAGCAGCAGCAGCAACCUGAUGGCCCCACCGUAGGUGGACAGUGCUUGAGGCGUGAGCCGCACUUCUGCUGGGCCAACCGCAGGCGUGGCGAAACACGAGGACCUGAUGGCCUCUGUGCAGCUAAGGAGGGAGCCAUCCCUUCCUCUCCCGGAGGCCCCCUAUCGCCCCUGCCUAUGUCUGCACGCCGUCGUCCACAGGAGGCCCCACCUCAAUUGCAACAGGGCCCCCCCAGUGCAGCAGCUGCUGCCGCUGCCCUUUCAACAAAACCUACAGACCCCCCAAAAGCAGAGUAUGGAGAUCCCCACCACGUCUUUGGGGGCUCCGGAGAAACCUUUGGGGGCCCCCAGGAGACGCUGCUGGAUCUCCCAGGCUCUAGUGAGAACUUACAUUUGCUGAACAAGGAAGAUUUGCUGCAGGCUUUGGGGGCUCUGGAGACAUGCGGGCACUUGACGCCGGAUGAAUUCCUAUCAUUGCAGCGUCAAGUCGAGAACAGCUCACCAGGUGUACCCCGGGCAUUGGUGAAGUUCUGCACUGAUGAAGACAACGAGUUGCUACUUCAGACCCUCAAAUAUCUCGCCUCUAAUUCCUAA